AUGGAAGAAAAUAUUCAACCUGCUCGUGCAGGACGAGCUAGUAAACGAGUGAGAAAUGAAAAUCAGUGGCGACGUCAUGUUACUGAAGUUAAACGGCGUCGUCCUAGAACGGGAACAGAAGGUACACGCCAGGCCAAUUACUCGACAAAGUUGUUCAUAAAAAAACGGAAUUCCAGCACAUUACUUCACGUUUGCCAAUCAUCAUUUUUGGGAAUAUUGCAAAUACCACGAAAUAGAAUCCGUAGAGUAGCAGAAACUUUCAAAAAAACUGGUGGUCUCGUUAAAGAAAAUAGAGGUGGAGAUCAUACAUCCCACAAAAAUGUCUAUAAACUGCAGGAAGUUAAAUCCUUUAUAGAAUCUUUGCAGUGCAUCGAGUCACAUUAUUGUCGGUCUACCACAGAAAGAAAAUACUUGGAUUCGACGUUAAAUAUAAAAAAACUGUGGCAAAUAUACAAUGAACAAGCAGUUAAUACCGUCAAACAAUGCUAUUUUCGCAGAAUUUUCACCACUCAAUACAAUAUUGGGUUUGGUAAUCCAAGAACGGAUGUUUGUUCCAAAUGCACGGAAUUAGAAGAGCAAAUUAAAAAUGAAAAAAACGAAUCAGUGAAAGCAAAAUAUAUGAUUGAAAAGACCAUUCAUAAACGCAAAGCAAAAAAAUUUUACCAACUACUAAAUCAAAGACAAGAUGGAAUGAUAACACUAUCAUUUGACUGCCAAAAGAACCAGGUUCUUCCAAAACUACCGGAUCAAAUUACCUAUUACAGCAGACAACUUUAUAUUUAUAAUUUCGCAGUUGUACUAGCAGUGGAAGGAAAAAGGCUUAACAAAGAUACAGUUACUUUAUACACGUGGAACGAAAAUGAAUAUAAAAAAGGAGCUAAUGAAAUUGCUUCUGGAGUUUAUCACCGAUUAAAUGCACUAGAUUUGAAUGGAAUUGAGACGUUGCGAUUAGUGGCUGAUGGUUGCGGGGCUCAAAACAAAAACUCAAUUUUUAUUGGAAUGUGCUGCGUGUGGUUAUGGAAUGCCCCUAAUAACAUAAAAAACAUUGAACUUGUUUUUCCAAUACCAGGUCACUCUUUUCUACCUGCUGACAGAGUGUUUGGUAAUGUUGAAAGGGAGUUAAAAAGGAAGGAAGUAAUUGUACAACCAGAGGAGUACCACAAUAUUUUUAACAAAUAUGGCCUAGUUGUGCAAAUGGAGAUGGUGUACGACUGGAAAAAUGCUCUGCACGAUGUCAUUAAGCCGCCUGGUCUAUGGCAUUUUCAAUUCGCUCAAAAUGUACUGCCACUGCCAGUUGCAAAAAACAAUGUCAUCAUCAAAAAAGACAAAAUCAGUGACGUGAGGAAGUUGUUGGAAAAACAUUAUGGAUCGCAGUGGGAAAGUCAUCCAGAACUGGAAUAUUACAAAAAAAUUAUUAAUGAGGCUAUUGAUGAUGAUAUUCAAGAAAAUGAGCCAUCUUGCGAUCCACCAACAGUUGACUCAUAUAUAAUGAUUUAG